AUGCCGAUGCACAUGCAAUCAGUGGACCCCUGUCAACGUAAUUCAUUAUGUAUUAUUUCUCGAAGUAAAAGUCAGGAUUUGGUGGAUGACCCAAGCACGGGUUAUAUGCUUUCCGGAGAAGUCAGUGAAAGCGCAUCCUCCUCAUCUGCGACGUACUAUGGGAGUUGUUUAAACAUGAAUUCGGACGUGGCUGAACGUAUCACUUCCCUUUUGUCCUCUUUACGGUUGACUUCACUUCAUAACAAUAUUCCACAGGACGGAGAAGAUGAGCGUUUGAAGAAAAUCCAUCGACAGUUGGAAUGGUUGAUAAGUGAAGAAUCCGAUGACCAUAGGCGACGGCGACUUCGAAACAUAUUGCCAGCAGCUAACUGUGUGAGGGAGCAGGUUUUUGCUCUGCGACGCUAUCUGCAUGAUCAUAACACUGCUUCAAGUGCAAAUUAUGCAACAUAUAUACAUGGUGCAUUAACAGCUAUCAUGAAGGAAUCAUUUGAGGAAGAAUAUCGUAAAUUAGCUACCGUAGUUGGUGUCCUGGAUGCAGUUGCGGAGCUGUUGAUAUUUGAAGUAGAUGCUUUUGAUAUUGAUUGUCCAGUGGAGAAUCGUACGAUUAGGAAGCUGAUAGCGAGCACAUUAACUAAUUUAACAUUUGGAAAUACGCAAAGCAAACGCCGUCUGUGUUCGCAUCCGAAUCUCAUAGAAUAUACUAUUAGAAUUAUAGACGAUUCCCAUGGUCUCGCUCAGAUUUAUGCUGGUUUAUUACGAAAUUUGUCUUGGAUGGCAGAUGCACAAAUGAGUACAACAUUAGCUCCAUCAGUUCCGGCUCUUGUGAGAGCAUCGCUACGUGCAUACCGCACAGCCGAAUCGAAAUGUCUAUGCGCUACACUUUCUGCACUGUGGAAUUUAGCAUCACAUUCACGAGACAAUAAAAAAGCUCUUUGCGAAGAACCAGGCUUUUUAGAAAUGCUAAUUGAAUUGUCAACAAAUGACGCACAGCAUACGGCACUGGUUGAACCGGCGACUGGUGUUUUAAAGUACGCAUCAAUGUACUUAGCCGUUGUAGGAGCAGACCAGUAUUUAUCCACAAGUGCCAUUCAUAUGAUGAUGCUUCGUCUUAUCGACUUGUUGAAUAGUCCAUCGUUCACCGUGAUAGGAAAUGCUUUAGGGAUACUGUCACAGUUGCUUGCCAAAGGAAAUCAGUUGCGGUCUCAUAUUUUAUUGAAUCAUAAGGCCAUGUUAUUGUUGAAUCAUCUUCGAAAUUCUACACGCGACGAUAUUCGUAAUCCUGUUAAAACCGUGUUGAAUUAUUUGAAUUCGUUCGAUGUUUCUGAGGUUUAUGUGGCCACGUCACCUCACCCUUCAACGCAUGGUACACCGCCACUUAGUUAUCGUUUCGACGGUAUGUCAUCAUCGUAUGAUGGUACAGCUUCAGUUGCUCCAUCUUACAUAGAUUCAACACGGCUAUUAAAAUAUCGUUCACCUCAUUCUUACACAGCAAGUAUACUGGCGGGAAAGAUGAGCAGUACAUUGAACAGUGAAUAUUUCCCUUAUUCGUCCCCAUCAUGUGCUUCCAUUAUGCAGCAGGGAUUUGCCCCACGUCCGGGUGAUCGUUCACAUCACCAAGAACAGCCUGCAUCUCUUCCGCGGCAGUUUUUCCAGAAAAGUAAAAUAUCGAAUGCGUCGUCUGUUGGAGAUGAUAGUAUGUAUCUUAAGCAAACGCAGCCUGCCGCACGGUUUUCCCCGUCACAUCCUAUUCAUCCAGAGCAAAAGGAUAUGAGUACUUCGACAAUGAUAACAAGCGGCUUUGCUAUUGAAACUUCACAAGGUCCUAAUCUGAGUAAUGGUGUAAACGGUGAUGAUGAUGGAUUGAAAGUCUUAAACAGACCUGAUGACCCAUCUUUCGAAGUGGAAGAUAGUGUACGAUGUACACGUUGUACGAGCACGCAGUCGCUCUCAUCAUUAUUUCCGGGUGAAAGAAGCACAUGGAACAGUUGUAACAAUUCGGCAGCUGACAGUAAUCGUCUUUCUCCAGUUAGCGCUACUGAAAUUCCUGAUUCUCCCACUCAGUAUUCACGAUUAACUGAUUUAACAACACUUUCUGCACGAGAUUUUAAUAUAAUUACAAGUACUGAAAAAAAUGAAACACGAGAUAAAGUAAGCACAUCAAAGGAAGUGCUACUUGGAGAUCCUGAGUUAAAGGUGGUAAAAUCAAGUAAUGGAGGAAGUGGUCCUAUCAGUAAAGACGAUAGAAAUACAAAAGGGAUCACGGAGCAAGGGAAUUCAUUAGAUGAUGAUUAUGGGAGUUUCAUGGGUCGUGCUGAUUCUGAGCUUCUAAAUCAGUCAAUCGAAUCUGCGAUGCCGAAGAGAGUGGAAAUCAACGAGGAAUUCCUAGCAGAUAUGAUCGAACAGGCACAACCAAAGCCAUCCCCUUUGAAACAACAUGAAAUUUGUGGAGGACGUAAUUUUUCAAGAGCUUCUACAGCUAGAGCAUCGAGUGUGAAAAUAGAAAACGACGAUUUCUUGCUGCAGAGCAUUGCCAGCGUACUACCGCAGAGUUCCAACUCCACACAUGAUAUGUCAAGCAUAGGUUCGCCGCCAAAAAAAGCGAGGGCCAUGACGGGCGAUACCGCACGCACGUCAGGUGGCCCUAAACGUGUUUCGCAUGCGGUUCUUUCAAAUUCGCACAGUCGUCUUAUGCAUAGUUGUUCCGUUCUACGUACGAGGGAAUUGAGGCCGAACGGUGUAAAUCUAAAAACAAUGUUCGGAAACAAAAUCACUGGAUCAAAUUCUGCUGCACUAUUUGAUGCAGCGCUACGGAGUUCUUUUGUAGAAAGUCCGAAAACCACAGAAAAAGUUCGAGAUGCUUCGGAUGCUUCGUUGUUGGUUCACCAAGGUACUAACGAGGAGAGCGACACACUAAGCGAAGACAACUACAGUCCUUUAAUGGAUAAUGAUCUGGCUGUUGAUAAAAGUAUGCCGCAAGAUAUUGAUGAGGAAUCGCAGACGGAACAGCUCAUAAUAGAUUGUGGCGUCGUGUCAAGAACCGUCAGGCAAACUGUUGUAAAGCCGGUGCAGAAAGCGAGUCAUGCACAAGUUAGCACGUCGAGUCGUUUUGGAUUGGCUCAGAAAAAUAUGGAAAAGCGAUUAUCACGACAAGAAAUUUUUACACUUCCAGCACCGCUCAGCAACUGUAACUCACGAAACAGCUCUCCGUGUAAUCCGAUUUUAACAUCGGCACCAACUUCUUUUAAAUCAAUGACUAAGUUCCCUGUAAAAACACCGAAGCAUAAUGCUCCUAUUUCAAAAUCAACGCAAGAGGAAGUUUUCAUUUCGAACACAGUCACUUCGAGGAUUCGGAAUUCUUGUGUCGCUGCUGCAAAAUCGUCAGAGGACUGUAAAGAUUGGAGUCCACAUCAUGCACGUUUAUGGUUAGGACCUACAGGAUCUAAACAGUCUGUCUUAACCAGAGCUAGACCUAUUGCAACACCUUGUUCAUCAAGUUCAAAAAUUAACGUACCACGACCCUCAACUUGUCGACAUCGAGCAGCUACUUCGGACACUUCCAAAAUUCCCCAAAAUUGUGCCAGUUCGAUUUAUGAAACAAUCGAGCCUCAGGCUGUUCUUAUUCAAGAAUUAGCUAAAAGUCAAUCCGCUAAAAUAUUGCCAUUAAGUCAUAAAAAUGUGAACGAGAAGGUUGCUGCUAUUACUGCUAUGCUUGAAAAUGAUAGCAAGAGAGAUACUGUUGUAACUGAGACCGGAAAUGGCAGUGAAACGCAGUGUAACGAUCACUCAACAUCUGAAAGGAAAAAAACUAUCAAACAGAUGCUCGUUACUACCGUUUAAAAUCAAAAUUUCCGCUUUUUUUGAAUCACCUUGGUUUUUUAAAAAAUUAGUACCUUUAGAGUAAUUGUUAAAUUUUUUUAUUUUCUGAAGGCCUGGUUUUAAUGGUCUUCCUGCCUUAGUAGCGGAAAUUGUGCCGGUAGUUUUUUGUGAAAG